AUGGGCUUCACCACGGGCUUCACCGGAGGUGUGACCCUCACCCUCUCACUAGCCUACCUAGGCGUCCUCGCGCACCAGCGCAACCGCCAGUACCAGGGCGAGCUCCUGCGCGCCAACGCCAUCGUGCUCAACCAGCUGAGCUCGACCGCCGAGUCCCCUGCCCCGGUGCUCCCGCCCCAGCGGCCGGACCACCUCGCCGCCGCGCGGGACAACCUCGUCGAGACGGCCAAGGAUCGGUGGAACGCCGAGAUCGAGGGCGCCGUGCGGUGGGCGCAGAACAAGGACUGGACCGAGGUCCGCGAGGACGCCGAGGGCGUCUUCAGCCGCCUGUGGACGCAGGCCUUCGGCGGCAGCAGCGUUGGGGAGGCCGCCGCCGUGGCGCGGGACGGGCUCGCGAGCCGGGGCGCGGCGGCCAAGGACGCGGCUCAGGCGGAGGCGCGGAGCGUGUCGGCGGCGGCCAGGAGCGCGCUCGAGGAGACCAAGGCCCAGGCGCCCAAGAUCAAGGCGGCGGUGCAGGACGCGGUGCAGCGGGGCGUGGAGAAGGGCAAGGAGGUGGUGGACAAGGCCAAGGCGGCGGCGGGCGCGGCGGAGGACUCGGCAAAGGCUGCACUGAACGGUUCCGACGUAGAGAAGGCGCUGCGGCAGCGGUACCAAAAGUCGGACUCGAUGAGCAAGAGCGUCAAGGAGAUGUUUGGUGUUCGUGACUCAUCGCCUGAACCGACCCUCCAGUACAAGACUGACAUUCUGAUUGCCGAUUGCCGAGGCCGAGUCUGGCAAUUGUAUGGAUAUGAGGAUCGAGCUCCUGUCUGUACGAUGGGCCGUUUCUCAUCGCGAUUCUGCAGACGCUCGGCGCCCAUGAUUGGCCUCAUCUCAGCUGCUGGCACAUCUAAAAACACCUUUUUAUUGGCGGUCCGAUGGGCUGUGUCGCCCCGUACCGCCACCGCCGAAUCUCACCCUCGCGCCCGCGAACCGUCCUCCCAGGUUGGCCCCGAAAUAGGCCAGCCUUACGCAGCCAACCAUGAGGCUCAGACGAUCUGGCACCACCCUCUUCGAGACCGCAAUGCAUGGUUCACCACCGCUCGCGCUCUUUGCUCUGGGUCGCCCAGCACCUGGUCGGGGACCCUUUAUGACGCAAAGCUCGCCGGCCGACCUGCUCUCCCGGCGGCACUGCACUCUGCUUUUGCAGUUUUGGGAACGGCAAGGGGGCUUGGUCGAUCGAAACGAGAAUACUAA